AUGCAGUCCAUCAAGACCGUUUGCGUGGGUGAUGGUGCAGUGGGAAAGACUUGCCUCCUCAUCUCGUACACCACCAAUGCUUUCCCCGGCGAAUACAUCCCGACAGUCUUCGACAACUACUCUGCCAACGUCAUGGUCGACGGCAAACCCGUCAACCUCGGACUGUGGGACACGGCAGGACAGGAGGACUACGACCGCCUGAGGCCGCUCAGUUACCCUCAAACCGACGUCUUCCUCAUCUGCUUCUCCGUUGUCAGCCCACCCAGUUUCGAGAACGUCCGAACCAAGUGGUACCCCGAAAUCUGCCACCACGCACCCAACAUCCCCAUCAUCCUCGUCGGCACCAAGCUCGACCUGCGCGAAGACCGCGAGACUAUCGAAAAGCUGCGCGAGAGGCGUAUGGCACCUAUCGCGUACCAGCAGGCGGCGGCAAUGGCGCGCGAGAUUGGCGCCGUUCGGUACAUCGAGUGCUCGGCGUUGACGCAGAAGGGACUCAAGAACGUGUUCGACGAGGCAAUUCGCGCGGUUCUCGCACCCGCACCUCGGGAGAAGAAGAAGUCGAAGGGCUGCGUCGUCUGCUGA